AUGAUGAAGAUCAACCAGAGUUCGCAGAGUUCACAGAUUCUGAGUCUGAGUCUGACAGUGGAAGAGACCGUAGCAGAAAUGCCUAGAUAUACUUUUGGUAAUACAUUAAGGUUGUUGGCAUCUCUCCACUGUAGUGCUGCUGCUGUCGAGGUGCAAACUCCCAACCCUAACCCAAAGCUUAAUGGCCCGGUUGAAUCAUUGACACUUGACCCCAGCCGAAGCUCUCCAGCCUCCUCGUUCAACUCCGACAUUAAGAAGAAAGCCGAUAGACUACUCAAGAACAUCACUGACCGCAAGGAACAAAUCGACACUCCCUUACCUGCUGCUCUGUCCCAGCCCUAUGUGCUUGCUGAGCUGCGCACACCCGGAGUAUGGUUUGAUGGCGUUGAUUGGGCGGCUGGCGGCUUGGACAUCGGUGGUAAGCGUGAGGACGAUUCCUUGAGUAGCACCAGUGCAUCGACGAGAAGCGAUGGAUCACACACAACGAGCCCUGUUCUUUCUAUGACAAUGCUACAUACCACGCCAUCGCCUCCACCAUCACAUCCUGAGGAGAAGGAGCAUGAGCCUACAACGACAACGGCAACAGCGCAGCCGAAACCGCCACAAGUUAUCAUCCCCAUUCCUGUGUCACCGGUGUUAGACUCACCCAAGCUUUUACAUCCUAUCCCUUAUGUACCGGUUACGCUGGCCCAUAUGGCACAGUAUAGUCUCGAAGCAUUCAAACAGGUAUGGCGCAAAGCAUGUGCACCACUGUAUCACUGCCUCACACUCUCCUUUCUCCCUCGUACCUCGAUGCCGCCGAAGCAUCCUCGUAGAGACUCAGAUCGUCCUGUUGACGACCAAGCGCGACAUGGAGAGUCUGUGGCACCAAUCCCUACACCUCGCCAACGAAAGCGCUCCUCAGAAGAGCUGGAUGUUGGCAAUGACUCUCUGUCCCGGGGUGAUUCCCUACAAAAGCGACUGCACAUUGAAGAGUCCUCGCUGGGUGGAAUGGGGGAUGAGCUGCCGGAUAUGGGGGAAGAAGGCAUGGUUGACGAGGUUAUAGAUGAGCUACUCAAAGGGAAGUCACGGGGAGCAGCCGGGGCUGCUAUCGAAACAAAACCCAGGCAUCACGCUGGCAUUCUGCCCUUGCCUUAUGCGCCAAGUUCAUCGGGCGAGUUCACACGCAUCAUCACGCAGGCAAACGAUGUCGGUGCCCGAUAUGUCGGAUGCUGUUCCAGUUUAGAUUAA